CGAGCGCUGAGAAGACAUUCCUCCCUCCCCUCCCCCUCACUAUUUGUCCAUCUUCAUCCUGCCCUUUCUUUCAUGGAGAGGAAUUAUCCCGCUGCAGGCUUCGGAGAUCUAGGGGCUGGGACAGGAUGGAGUUACGACAGAUCGGCAAAAGCAAGCCUCAUGUAUGGGAGUACCAGGUCAUCCCACCCAGAGUCAGAACUGCUUCACCGGCAAGCCUAUGCCACCUCCCACCCCCUCCAAGGCUAUGCAACCAACCACCACCCAGGAAGCUCAAGACAGGGCGGAGCCUGGGGUGCUGCUGGACGCACACUUGGCCUGUCAGGGCUGAUUGAUGCCAGCCUCCACCAUGCCAGCCCCUCAGGUCCCGACCCCUCAGUCAUGAAUCUGAUUUCAGCUCUGGAGUCCCGGGGUCCACAGCCCUCACCCUCUGCUUCCUCCCUCCUGUCUCAGUUUCGCACUCCCUCUUGGCAGACUGCAAUGCAUACAUCGGCCCCAGCGGAGCUCUUUAUUUCAGGGGCACUUCCAGGUUCCAGCUCCUUCCCCUCCUCCUCAGCCCUUACUGCAUACCAGCAUCCUGGCUCAUUUUCUGGACGAUCUUUCACUCCCUCACUAUCCCUGCAGGAUGCGCCCACAUUUAGCCCGACUUCUAAUGGCUUGCUAUCUCCACAUGAUUCCCUGCUGCACAUCAAAACACCCUCUCAAUCCAGUUUGGGCUUCGAUCGCUUGCUGUCUUCUCAGAGUGCCACCUACCGGGGCUCCCAGGAGCCCUCUGCCCCUCUUCAAUCCCAGGCCCCUUCCACAUCCUCCAGUUGCCACCUGCCUCCUCCCCAGUUCAACCUGUUGUCCUCUCAGCUUCACAACCAGUCCCCUCAGCUGUAUAAUGCCUCUAUGUUCUCUCCCACGCCAGCCCUACAGCCUGUGGCACCCCCCCAGCCUCCUCCAGAGAGGUCAGUUUCUCGGCAGGACAGUGUGAUCAAGCAUUACCAACGUUCAUCUCCAGCCGAGUCCACAACCCUACAGCAAUAUGCCAGCUGUGGUGGGUCAUCUGGCUACCAGCAGAGAGUCAGCCACCAUCGGCGUGCUGGAGUGUCCUGUAGUCCCUUGGAGGAACAGAGCCAAUCCUCUGACCCCAAGCCCUCACCAAGAGUGGAGUCCCACACAUACCAACCUAUCAUUCAAACGCCCUACACGUCCUCUUCCUCCACCUCAUCAGCUUCUUCUUCAUCUGCCACUAAGGGAGCCAAGAGUUCCAGCUCCAGUAGUGGGUAUUCCUCUUCAGGCUCAGCGUCAUCUUCAUCCCGGGAACCACACACUACACCAUCAGCCUCUUCCACCACCUCUUCAACCUCUUCUAGCUCCAAAACAAGCACGAGCUCCUUGUCCGCUCCCUCUCGUCAGCAGCCCCCACCACAGUCAGCUCCGGCACCACCUACUCUACCAGUCGUGUCAUCCACCCUUGUUCAACAGCCAGCAGCCAAACAAUGCCUAUCCACCUAUGGCUCUCAAUCUGUGGCCAAAUCUAGCACAGGCCUACCAGACCAGACCCCUCCCAGGCAACACACCCAAUCCUACUCUCCCAACCAACCGCCAUCAACACAAAUGGCCCAGCCUUACGGUGGUUUUAGCUCACCUCAUGCCCAGGACUUAAACUCUGGAGCAGGGGGCGCUGGGAGUAAAGUUUUCACUGGUAUAGGUGCAGAAGGGCGCUCUUUCUCUGCAGAGGUAGUCUUUGAGGGCUCAGGUUUUGGCCCAGCUUCUCUCAGAAGAGCAGGAAGUCCUUCCAUAGGCUAUGGGAGUGGAUCAACAGGGAGUGGAUCUGUGUCAGGAUUGACUGCACUUGGCAGUGGAGUUGGAUCUGCAGGGUCAGGCAGCGGGGCAACUGGUGUUGGUAAUGGAGCUAGCAGCUCCUACCACCUGCCUGAGUCUAGCAUGUCACCCUCUGUCAAUUCUACUAUUAGUCGCCCUGGAUUGCAUUCUCCUGCUGCUGCUCGUCCUGCACAAUCCCCUGGAGGCUCAGGGGCCACAAAAUACUUGUCCUCUAUUCUGUCACCUGCUUUUAUGUCCUCACCACAAGGUUUCCCUGAAACACAACAAGCUCACAGCCAAUCCUACCACUCAACACCACCCAAGCCAAAAACAGAGACAAACAUCCUGGGAGUUGAGCGAUCCCAAGGUGAAGAAGAGGAUGAUGAUGAUUUCCUAAUCCACCACUUACUACAUGCCCAAAGCUCAACUCCACAUCCUUCCCAGCAUCACCCACAUCCUCAGCAGCUACCCCAGCCUCUCUCACAAACAAGGGAUGGAGAAGGAAAGGGGGUGACCUAUGACGUUAACAAAAUCUCAGAGGAGCGGUACCACCUUCAGAGUGUCAUUCGUACAAAUAACACCACCAGCAGUUCAGGUCCUGGAACAAAUAUUAGUGACAAUGGAAGUGGCUUAAACAGACAACUAGAAAUAUCACAGAAGAAACAGCAGAGCAAGUCAGAGCUGACCAUAUCAAAGUCCACUUCUGGAGGGGUACAAGGGGUCUCUGAUUCUCUUUCCCACUCCCAUACUACCCACUCACAUCAACAACAGCCUGAGUCCCUGGGCUCUGUGGUCAGUUAUGGAAGAGGGGACCCGUACACACAACACCCACACUCCCAACAUCCCCAUCAUACCUCACAUGUGUCCUCACACUCUCAGCACACACAGCAAUCCCAAAUUUCCCAACACUCCCGGCAAACUCAACAUGCACAGCACGCUCAACAUUCUCAGCAUAGUCAUCCAAGUUCCCACUCACACGGCCACUCUCACAUGGAGUUAAAGAAACCUUCAGAUGCAAAUGACAAUGCCUACUUGUGUAGCACCCCAGAUGUGCAACAGGCUAGACAAAGCCAGGUCCCUCUCUCUCUGAUGAAUUCAUCACCAGACCCUCCCCAGCAAACUCACAUGCUGCCAUCUGUCCUUUCUCAUACCACCCACAGCAAAAUGGACCACCAGCAAGCCCCUCCACAGCAACAGCACUCUCUAAGCCAGCAGGCUAUGAUGACUUCAGCUGGCGGAGCAGGGCCUACUGAGGUAAAGACCCACACACAGAACCAGUCUUCGCACUUGCAACUCCAGCUCCAGACUCACUACAGUCUUGGAGCUCAGCCAAGAGAUCAAGCCAGUCAGAAUUCAAUGUCUCCACUAGACAUGCUGGAUCAAUCUCUGACUCGGGCCAACAGCAGGGACAGCGGACCUCUAGACAGAACUGGAGUUGGGGUGACUGUUACAGGAGGAGAGGGAGGUGCUGGAGACAGGCAUAGACAGCAGCACAGACUGACACCACACCACCAUCCCCAACAAACAGCCGCAGAUCUCCAUGAUUUUCUUGCUGAGCCAGAUUUGGGCUUAUCCUCCCCUUCACACCUGCAUCACCUCAACCAGCCUCAGGCCCAUGCCCACCCCCAUGCCCUCCACCAACAGCAAGCACACACUCACCAUCAUCUGCCACAUGGUCAGUUAUCCCACCCACACUCCCACCAGAUGGCAGCAAAUAUGAGGACUCCCCAACAACAGCAGCAACCUCGGCCAAGAGAGCCUGUCACAACUGUGAGUGUGACACAACUGUCACACUCACAGUUAGACCAGCUCAAACAGCACCAGUUUGACACAGUGAGCCCAGCCGAUAAAGUAGGACAGAAUCAUCCUCAGCAUCAACAACGGUUUGCACCUCUAACAUCCAUGUGCUUUCCAGAGUCUCUCUUACAUGAUGAAGACCGCUCUUUCUUUCCUGACAUGGAGGACAUGUUUUGUUCAGCUGAUUACAAGUCAAGCUGUGCUGGGGAUUCUGGGACAGGACAGGCUGCUCAAGAAAGCCUCAGCCAGGGCCAUGGGCAGGCGCAAGAUGGUAUGGAGUCUUUAAAAACAGGAGAUGUUGGAGAGGGCUAUGACAUGGUUGGUCAUCACAGUGAUCAAGGCUAUGGACAGUACUGCCGUAGCCUUCCAGGGACAGGAAAUGGCAAUCUGCACUUAGACCUUGACUCUCUGAAGACCCAUGAGCUUCCCUCCACUGUGAACACUGACCAGCUUGGCCUCAUCCAGUCCCAACCUAGCACUUUGGGAUUGAGUUCAGCACCUCAAGUGGAUGGCUCAGUCAACAAGAUGAUGGGAGCUGUGGGAAUCGGUGGAAAUUCCAAUACUACUGGUCUGACUUCACCUAUCUUCUGUUCUUCUCGACCCAAGAAACUGCUGAAGACCAGUUCAUUUCAUUUGCUCAAACAGCGGCGUGAGCCACAACCUCAAACAAAGAAAAACUAUGCGCAGGAGUAUGAAUUUGAGGAUGAUGAAGAUAAAGCUGAUGUUCCAGCAGAUAUUCGUCUCAACAAUCGACGCCUUCCUGAUCUGUUGCCUGACUUGGUGUCUAGUUGUAGGAAGGCAGCUGGGGCAUCAGGGAUAAGUGGGCUCAGUCCACUGAUGGGUGACAUGGACUUCUGCCAACCCUCUACCUACACUUCUCUUGGACACCCUCCGCAGCUCCUCCCACAUGAUGGCCCUAAGAAAAGAGGCAGGAAACCAACUAAACCAAAACGUGAAGGUCCUCCUCGCCCACGAGGCAGACCACGCAUACGUCCUCUUCCAGAGCCUCCAUACUGCAGGGGGUUGAUGGGAUCAGUGCCUGGAGAAAAUAGGAGGGGGCGUGGGCGGGGUAGAGGACGAGGCAGAAAGGAGGAAGGGCUGGUGGAAACACAUGGUGAUAUUAACAAAGCACAAAGCCUUCCAUAUCAUCAUCAGCAACAGUACAGUCAACAGCAGCAUCUCCAACAGCAUCCACAACAACAUCACAGCCAGCAGGCAGACUUUCAUCACGCACCACACCAGCAGCAACAACAGCAUCAACUGCAUCAUCAUCAGCAGCAGCAUGUUUCCUGUUCUCACCACCAACUGCAUCAUCAACAACAUCAUCAGCAACAACAACAACAACCAUCUCAGCAGGAGCAGCAAGAUCCAGUCAGGCCGAUUAAGAUCAAACUGCCCGUUUCCACCAUGCCUCCAUCGGAGUCCUUGUUGAGGACAGACUCACUGUCUAGCAGUGAGCCGAUUCUGUCUGAUGGAUCAGUGGGUUCAGCACCAUCUCUGGGCCUAAGCCCUGGGCCCAGCACCAACAUGGAUAUCAGCAGAAAUGAACUGAACCAGGCACAAGACAAGAUUAUGAAGCAUCUGCAGAGAGCAGAAGAGAUGAUGGUGGAUGGAUGGAAGAAAGAAGCUGAUGACCCACUGAAUCCUGAAGCUUGGGCUGCUAUGCAGAAACUCUCCAAUUCAGCUGAUGAGAAGGCCUUUGACUUCAAACCUGCCUUCAUGGCCUCUUUUUUGGAUUUCCUGAAGACAGGCAAAAAACAGUCAGACCUUGAAACAGGACAUGAUGGAAGUGAGCAAGAAGCCCUAAACCCCUGUUCCUCUUUGAAGGGAGGUAUCAGGCCCUUAUCUCCGCCUCCUCCUUCCCUAUCGCCGAGUCCUCCACAGCAGGCUCCGGGAACAUUCAGUGAGGGAGGGCAGGGUGACGGGACGGACCUGGCCCUCAGUGGCUGCCCAAGUCCCUGCAAGCCUCUGGAUGAGGAGCUGAAAAGGAAUUUGGAGACGCUUCCCUCCUUCUCCUCUGAUGAGGAGGACUCUGUCAGUAAGAACCAGGACCUGCAGAAGAGCAUUUCAUCUGCAAUUUCAGCCCUCUAUGACACCCCACACUCACUGGCUGCUGCAAUGGCUUCUGCAAUGGUUAAGGCCCAACCCACACAAUCCCCACCUACACCACAGGAGCCAUCAUUCAGCCCCCCUCUCCCUGCCAUGCCUCCCCUCAUCCCCAGUAUGGAAAAUAGAAAAGAGGAGGCCCUUACAUACUCUCAAAAGCACACACAGGAUGAGGAAGAACAGAAAUGCUCCCCACAGUCAAACCAAGAAGAAACAGAGGAAAGAAAGUCUGAGCAAGGAGAAGAUGAGGAAGAGGAUGAGGCUGAGGAGAGGGAAGAGGAGACUGCGAAUUAUGAAGAAAUAAUGAGAGAGUCACAGAAUCUGCAGCAGGGAACCCUGGAAGAGGACGAGGAGGACAAGGAUGAGGAGAGGAUGUCAGAAAUGCAGAUUUUGGAGGUUCCUAAAGUUCAAGAUUCUCCGUCAGGACCUGUGCUUGCUCAUGCACCUCCAUCCCCAUCACCAUCCAUCUCCCCCUCACCACCCACCUACUCCUCACCCUCGCCGCUUCCUCCCCUGUGUUUUUCUGUACCCUCCCCACUGCCGAGCCAGCAGGAUGAGGAAGAAGAGAGUCCAACUUGUCCUCCUUCUGAUCAGCAGCAGUCUUCAUUCCAACAGACUCCAGCAGCAGGCACUUCCCCACCCCCCUCCACAUCCCCUCCGGCAAUUCCAUCAUCACCCCUCUCCAACCUUCCCCUGGGCCAGCCGAUCCCCCCUCCAUCCACCACACCUCCCCCAUCAUCUUCUGAUCAGGACCAGGAACCUGAAGCUGGACAGCCUUCCCCAUCUGCACUCUCCUCUUCCUCCCCCUGUUCAUCAUCUUCUCAGCCGCCAUCACCUCCAACCCCAGAGGAGGCCCCAGCAACCCAGCGUCUCACCUCCCUCCACCUGGCAAAGAAGCAGGCUGAUGCUGCCAUCGCUGGGGAAAGUGAAGAAGAGGACAGUGAGAGUGGAGGCGAGGGAAUCUUUCGUGAACGAGACGAGUUUGUGGUGCGAACUGAGGACAUCAGAACUCUUAAGAUGGCCUUGCAGACAGGCCGGGAGCCCCCACCCAUUUGGAGGGUGCAGAAAGCUUUGCUGCAGAAAUUCAGCCCAGAGAUCAAAGAUGGUCAGAGGCAGUUCUGUGCAACCAGUAAUUAUUUGGGUUACUUUGGUGAUGCCAAAAUGCGCUACCAGCGUUUAUAUGUGAAGUUCUUGGAGAACGUCAACAAAAAAGAUUACGUUAGAGUGUGUUCCCGAAAGCCAUGGCACAGAGCCGGCCUGACUCUGAGACGCCAGUCACUACCUAAACAGCUUCCCACCAUUCACAGUCAGGCCCAACCUCGAAUGGAAAGAGAUGACAAAGACAAGGAGAGACAGAAAGAGAGAGAGAUGAAGGAGCAGAGGGAAAGAGAAAAAGAACAAAAAGAACAAAAAGAGAGGGAGUACAGGGAGAGAAAAGAAAAGGAGAGAAGAGAGCGGGAGAAAGAGAAGCAACGAGAUCAGGAGAAAGAAAAAAGGGAGAGAGCAGAACGGGACAGGAGAGAUGACACCAUGGAGCUUGCAAGGCUGAAAGAGAAACGAGGAGGAGAGAAGAAGAUGGAGUGUCAGUCCAGAGCGAAGACGUCAAAGGACAAGGCUGAGCCUCCCCCCAAGAAGAGAAAGAAGUGGUUGAAGGAGGUGCCAUCUUCCUCCUCUGAGUCGGACUCCUCUCCACCAAGUGAUGAUGAAGGGCUCAUGCGAGGUGGGGCUAACAACCGAGCUAUGAGGGAGAUGUUCAGGAGCUAUGUGGAGAUGCUGGUCAGCACAGCACUUGACCCUGAUAUGAUCCAAGCACUGGAGGACACUGAUGAUGAGCUGUACCUUCCACCCAUGAGGAAAAUUGAUAGCCUGCUCAGUGAACAGAAGAAGAGGUUGUUAAGGAGAGUCAACAUGAGUGCUCAGCACCAGGAGGCUUUACAUAUAUUCCCCAAAAUGACAGCAGACCCUCUGGAAUCAGGAGUUGUCAAAGUUCACCUUGGUGGGGAUGGCUACAAUCGUAAAACCCUCAACCGGGUGAAGAGGAGUAUUCCUAAGCAGCAGGAUAUGAAGCUUUCUAUUGAAACUUGUCGGAUAUAUAGUCUGUAUCAUUCCCUUCACCACUACAAGUAUCACACCUUUCUGCAUUGCAAGAAGGAGACGGAUAAUAUUGAGCAAGCAGCAGAGGACCCUGGCCAGGAGGAGGUGGUGCAGCAGUGCAUGGCGAACCAAGGCUGGCUGGAGAGCCUCUUUAACUCCUUCAUGGAACUGCUCGCCCUCAGUGCCAAAGCCUGAAGAAGGACUACAGCCCCUGCCACACUCACAUAUCCACCUACAGCAUUAAGUAGAUGGAGGUAUCCAGAUUGGUGAAACAAAAGAACCACGCUAAAGAAACUCUAUGGAUGCUAGUGGUGCAAUGGUUCCACUGAGAACAGCCACUGCUGGUUUGUUUUUGGAAGGUUUAACUUUUAAAGUAUUUGUUUCAUUGUUGAAUCCAUCUUAAAGUACCUCUUGAUUUCAAGAAUUGUAUUGAAAGAUGGAGGAUUGUGAACUAUGUGAAUGAAAUGGAUUUUCCCCAAAAGUCAAAGUAAGGUGAUUUGGUCAGCACUAUGAAAGAUUUUCGUCAAGAACUACAGAAUAUUGACACACAUACGCAAGCUGUCUGUGAGUAUGUAUUGAUAACUAUGGUUUGUAUAAUUUAUACAAGGACAUUUUUAAAUAUGAUCCUGAAAUGGCAUUGCUUGCUGUUAUUAUUUUUGAAAAAAUGUUUUAAAGGGGUAUACAUUAAAUGGCCCACCUGUAUUUAUUACUUCUGUUGGACCAGCAGAGGUGAAACUAUGGAUGAGUGAGAUAAAAGUUAGGUUUAAAAGGACUAUGUAAUAGUCCCUUGGUUCUACCUGCCUCAGUAAAGAAGUUGAGCUAAGAUGAAAUGUAUUUUAAACUAAACCUUGUUCUUUUUGUUUGUUCCUCAAAAGACAAUGAGAGAGGGUUUAAUGCCCUUAAUGAAGAGGCACGGAAAAUAAAGCACGACUUUCUUAAAGGAAGUGUGAGGUGAAAUGAUCCAAAAGCAUAAAUGUCAGUGUUCAAUGUCAUUUUUAUCUGUUUGUUGUUGAUUAAUAUUUCCUAUCAUUUGAUCUCUCUGUGGAUAUUCAUGCAGAGCAAUUUUGUUGUUUUGAUGUGUAAAUAUUGUACAGCUUCUUCAUUCUCUAGUUCCCAGUUGCUCUUCUGUACAUGAAAUACCUGUAUUUGACAUAAUGAAGUAAAACUGUUCAAAUGACAUAUGUGAUGAUGAA